GGCUGCGGCCCCGCACUCUGCCGCUCCGGCUCCGGCUCCGGCUCCUUUCACGGCGGGCCGUGUGCCGCAGCCAUGUCGCGAAAGCAGGCGGCGAGGAGCCGGCCGGGCAGCGGCGGCCGCAGAGCCGAGGCGGAGCGCAAACGGGAUGAGCGGGCGGCGCGCCGGGCGCUGGCCAAGGAACGGCGGAACCGGCCCGAGCCGGGAGGCAGCGCCGGCGAGGAAGAGUUUGUGAGCUUCGCCAACCAGCUGCAAGCCCUGGGGCUGAAACUGCGGGAGGUGCCGGGGGACGGCAAUUGCCUGUUCAGAGCCCUGGGCGACCAGCUGGAGGGUCAUUCCCGGAACCAUCUCAAACACCGACAAGAGACGGUUGACUUCAUGAUAAGGCAGCGGGAAGAUUUCGAGCCCUUUGUGGAAGAUGACAUUCCUUUUGAGAAGCAUGUGGCCAGUUUGUCAAAGCCUGGUACUUUUGCUGGCAAUGAUGCAAUCGUAGCCUUUGCAAGACGCCAUCAGUUGAAUGUGGUGAUCCAUCAGCUUAAUGCCCCUUUGUGGCAGAUUCGAGGUACGGACAAAAGCAGCGUGAGGGAACUACACAUUGCCUACCGGUACGGUGAACACUACGACAGCGUUCGGAGGAUCAAUGACAACUCAGAAGCGCCGGCCCAUCUCCAGACGGAUUUCCAGAUGCUUCAUCAAGAUGGAGCAGAUAAAAAAGAAAAGAUCAAGACAAAAGGGGUGGAUUUAGAAGACUGCCCGAGAGAUGAAGUGGAAGAUGCUGUCCAGAAAGUUGGCAAUGCAACUGGAUGCUCAGAUUUUAACUUAAUAGUCCAGAACCUGGAAGCCGAAAAUUACAAUAUUGAAUCUGCAAUAAUCGCCAUGCUUCAGAUGAACCAGGGGAAAGGAAACAAUGCAAAGGAGAACCUGGAGCCUAGUGACCAAGUAUCGAAGCAGUGUGACCCUUCAUCCGAUGAGGCAGGCAGCGGCUCCACACUCAUUGGAAAUCAGGGUGGAAAUGAAGGCCAGAUAGAAAACAGCAAGGCUCGGGCCAGACCUAGUGAAGAAAACAAAGCAAAUAAAAACCAGAUCCCAAAGGUUACAAACAAGCAGCGGAGGGAGCAACAGCGACUGGAGAAGAAGAAACGGCAGGAGGAGAGGCACCGCCACAGGGCCCUGGAGAGCAGGGGCAGCCAUAGGGACGCCAGCAGAAGCGAAGCAGAUGUGAACACGCAGGUUACCUUGGUGAAGACCUUUGCUGCUCUGAACAUCUGACUCUCAGGCCCCUGAGAGGUGGAGGAUGAAUGCUGCAGACCAGGCAUCCCAGCCAGGUGUCCUAACAGUGCCCACACACGAGCCCACAGGAGUCCUUCCUUCAAGCCGACUCUUCUGUCCUUAGCUCUGUCAGUGUUUUGUUGUUAUGGUGAAGCCAUUUGCCUUCUGGAACACAAAGAAAGUACUGAGCCAAGGCUGGGUCAUGGGGAGGUUGCCUUUGGAGCGUGGUGAUCCUAGGCUCUUCCGUGACGUGUGGGGUGGGUUUGCUGUAAUUAUCUUGAAGUCGUUUAGCACAAUCAUUAGAAAUCCACGGUGACAA